UUUUCUGCAGGGAAAAACUACAAAGGCAUCAUGAAGCUGUUCAAUUUUUACAAUAAAUCCGUUUACAUUCAAUACCGCAAUCAACUCUGCUCCACAACGACGGUCAUCGUGUGUGCCCUAACCCUAGGUGCGUUCGCUGUGCCGUACUACUUGCUGUCUUCCAUCAGGCAGGGCGAACUGUGGGACCAACAGCGCACCGUGUACGAACAGCCGAAGAUGUCGUUUCAGUACUCGUAUCUAUUCCUGGCGGAAAUGGAAGAUUCCGAAGAGGGACGUGCUACCAGCGCCUCGGUUGUAACGUGCAGUUCCUUCCCUUCGUACAGCACGCUCACCGAACAGCUACAUCCGUGCAGUGACGUACAGGUGAUUCCCACCGAUACGAAUCACGACCACACACUCGACCAUCUUUCCGUCAGCAUCAGCUUCAACCCACCCGACCGGGGCAGUCGGUUGUCGUUUUACACGUUUUACUUUUUCCUGGAAGCAACCGUAUCGUCACAGUGUCGGUUCGUUAUUCCCGCAUUUGUCUCGUUGGAAAAAGUCCCACCACCUGCCGGACGAACGUUCCUGUCCGGCACGAUCGUGCACAGUGGAUUGAUGGCCACCAGGCAAACGGUCGCCCUGCAGUGUCCGUUCUUUAUGCGGCAUCACCAAUCACACUUUAGUGAUCGGUACUAUCCGAAUGAAAAUACCACCCUGGAUGGAUUUGAACCGCGUGUAAUACGAGCACAGAUAGAAGCAGCCAAUCCGGCGUACUAUGAAUAUCGACCCCAACACACCGACUGGACGAUGGACGGUUCGGGAACGAUACGUGUGCAAAUCGAUGUCGCAAUUGGAGGAAACGAAAGUACAUCCGUUGCCUUACUCUACCGAACGUCCCUGUGGUGGAAGCUGUGCCAGUUCUGGGGCAGCUAUUUCCCCCUGCUGAUCGUUUCCCUGUGGCUGGCGGAGAAGAGCAAGCAGUAUCUGUUCGAACGCUUCUUUCUGCGUGCGGUUGAAGUGGUGCCGUGGAAGAAUAAAUACAACUAGUGCAGUCACGCGAA